AUGCUUGCCAUGGAGGACACACUCUUGAGCCAGACCAAAGCACCUCAGACUCCUCUCAAAGAAUCAAGAUCUGGCCCAGAAUUCGACAAACGUUCUUUCUCGACCGCUACCCCCUUAUCUAAGGCUACUCCUUCAUCAUCACCCGAUGCAAGCCAUGACGGCAUUUUCAGCCCUCCCAACUCUGUCUCCACGCAAGCCACUGAAGACUAUGGAUGGGACACUCCCACCAGAAAGCCACACCAUCGGUUUGAUCCAUCAUUCUUCACAAUUUCGUCUCUCAGCUCUCCCUCCCGGAUGAAAGCAAAAGAGCCAUCUGUCUCCUAUGAAUUCACCACUGUCAAACCCACAUGUGCAGGUUCUCUUGCUACCAUCUCAACUUCUUUGGGUAGUUAUUCGAAUCAAACGGAUCAGAAUUAUGAAUUCAACGGUUUAAAUAAGCUCCCUCCGUUAGGAUGUCGAGCAGAACGAACCACUGGCUAUAGAAACACCACAACGGUGCAUCCUAUCCACGAAGGACAGCACGCAAAGCGACGGUCUAUGAGUUUAGGGCAGGUUAACUUCUAUCACGAUGAAACGGGGAAAGCACCUCAUGGAAAGCCGAGAUCUCGGAGUCUGAGCGCUCCACGAUCGGGAUAUCACGAAGACCAAAUUGACCCGGGAGACAGCAGUAGCAUCCAGUCCUCUACCGGCGUGACGCCAGAUGUUAAACUAUCCCCACCAGAAUUUCUAUCAAAUGAGACAUCUGAUGUCGGGGUUUCUCGGAUCCUAAGUCUUUCCUCACCUGAAGUAAAGGAUACGGAAAACUUCGCAUCUGACUUUGAUCUUUCGGCUGUGACAUUUGACUCACCUCAGAAAGAUGAAACAAAAUCACGCCUACUCCCCGCAGGAGUCUGGAAUGGGGUGAGAAGACAUAAUUUUGGCGUUAGCUCCGCACAGCUGAGAAACGCAUCUCGAGGAAGAUCUCGUUCUACGACUCCCAGUGGUAACUUAUCAGCCGCCCCAGGAAGCCCUGACGUACAGCCCACCAUAGACAUUGGGCGCAAUGCUCUUGACACAACCCUACCACAGAAGGAUUCGUCCGUGUCAAGCUCGAGUCGAAUCAAGCGACAUUCGAUGAAUUUAAUGCCCGACAUAGAUUUCGUCCACCAUAUGGAACCGCACCGCAGGAAGGGCAGACCUUCUAGUGAUAUUGGUACCAAUCUUCAAGGUUUUAGGGAGCAGUCUAGCCCAAGUCACUAUUCUGAUAUUGCUCCUUCCACCUCUAUGACUGGGGCAAAGGAUCCCACUUCAAAUGAUGACAUACCGCAACCUACUCAUCCUGAAACGUCACUUAAUAAGAUCUUACCCCGCAAUAUGGGACGACUAUUUCACGAGGACAGCUCACGCUGUGUUGCGAGCAAAAAAGGGAAUGGCGAGAGGUGUCUGAUAAGACAAAGAGGAUCUAUUGAUAUGAUCUCUGCACAGCUCCUUAACUUCAUCAAUACAAAUACAGCCGAUCUUGAAUCACACAUAAAUGAUUUGGUGAACUCGAUCCUCUGCAAGAUUCAUAUGAAGGUCGCAACAAAAGAAUGGAGAUUUUGGAGAGGUAUACUCCCAAAGCUUAAUGGUCUCUCGGACAAUGUUGAGGAUUACCAUAUUUCUCUUCUAUUCGACUGGAUCCAUACUCUGAAGGCUGAUGUCAUAUCCUUGGGUCCAUUUAUCGGAACUAGGAUCAAAGCAGAAAAUAAUGAAGCUAACUCCCCACCAUCCCUGACUGACUCUACAAUGACUACUGCUCGGCCAAAAAGCUCGCUCCAAGAGCUGGAACCUUAUUGCCCACUAUCGCAGAUGGGGAAGCCAAUAACUAAGGCCCUAGAGGAAAUCUGCAAUAAACCUUUGUCAAAAUUGGAGAUCGAGCGGACAGGGUUCAUCUAUAUUUAUUGGUGCCCAGGGCACUUUGGGCGCGUGAAGAUAGGCUACACCGGUGAUGUCAAUGUCCGAUUAAACCAGUGGGAAAGGCAAUGUGGUAAGAGGCUAUAUGUCCAUUUUCCGAGGGAAGACACGAAAGAGCCACUGAGACAUAUCUUCCGUGUGGAGAAACUGAUCCAUGCUGAACUGAGAGAUUAUCGCAAAAUGGAACCUAAAUGCCCGAUGUGCAGUAUGACUCACUUCGAGUGGUUCGAGUUAGAUAGCGUGGAUAUAGCGGUGGAUGUCGCAAAGAAAUGGAUAGAUUGGAUGCGCCAGAAGCCUUAUAUACAAAAAGACUUUCGUGGUGAAGUCAAAUGGACCUUGAGCGAUGAAGCUCUGGAAUCGUUAGAAAACAUCUGCAAACCGCAUGAAAGGCUGUCAGGUGGAUUUUAA